UUCGACAAGCCGCUUUGAGGGCAAUCGAGCAGCUGUGGAAGCAUGUCAGGAGCGCCAUUCCCAAGCUUGUGGAGAGGUUCAAAGACGAUGAUCCAGAUGUCUGUGGGGCAGCUUCAGCAGCAUUCAAGGAAUUGACUCUGCAAGGCUGGAUGAACACUGGGGUCAUCGGCAUACAUCUGCAAAAGUAUUUUCUCGGAAUUAUGAUCAGCGAUGCAGUUCCUGAACUUUUGGAAAUGCUCAAAGAUCCCAUUUACUAUGUUAGUGAUGCAGCUGCGAUAGCAUUUGGGCAGCUGGCUCAAUAUAAUUGGCUUCAAAAUGCGGUAAGAAAUGUAAUUCCGCAGAUAUUAGACAUCUUCAAGCACUCGGAAUCAUCAAUUCGCAAGGCGGCUGCGGUCGCAUUUUUUAACAUGGCCCAGCACGCCGAGAGCAACGAUAGCCUUAAGGAAACGCUACCUGCGGCGUUAGAAGGAUUGUGUUAUGAUCAAAAUGAGACGAUAGUAGACCCGGCUGCUCAAGUCGUUAGUCGACUUGCUUCAGAUG